AGAACACAAAAAAAUGAAAUGAGAUCCUUUUAAUUUUUGAAUUAGAUUCUAAUUCAAAAAUAAACAAACAAUUCUGUCUAUAGGCACUCUUACAUAUAUCUUUCUAAGGGUUAUACAAAAAAAAACCGCAUGGGUACAUCUGCUAAGUAAAAUUUCAAUGGGCAAAAACUUACUAAUACAAAUUACAAUGGGCAAAUCUCCAAAUGAAAUGGGCAAUUGCCCAUUUGGAUACGCCGCUGUCCGUAUGCAUGACUGUGGCUUAAGCCACGUUAAACGUAACUUAGAUUGCUCAUCUUGACCGUUGCCUUUGGCCUGUUUUAAUCCAAUGAAACUUCGUGAUAAACCAUCGCUAAGAGUCAAACAAAAUUAUUUGUUAUUGGAAAACAGGAGAUAUAUCGUUCAUACAAUCAAAUUUCUACACUUCAAACAUUCCAUUUUAAGUAAGACAGCAGUGGAAUGAUUGAAAUGCUUUAUCAUUUAGUGGCUAUAAAGUAGGUUCCUGAUUGGUGUAUCUGAAUAUGUAAAAGCUUCUCCGGACAGUUUUGUACACAUAUAUGACCAAUUUCACAUACAGAAUUGUAAAAGAAGAAAAGUCAAUUAUACGUGUAAAAAAGGUAGCUUGUUAAAGAUUUUUUAAAGAUAAAAAAAUAGCAAAAAUCCUAUUUGUUUGAUAGACUGACUGUUUUUUUUGAUGUAAAAUCACAUUGCUUAUUGACCUUGUCCUUCAAAACUUUUGCUUAAUUUUUUUAGAUUUCAAUUUGUACAAAUUAAAUUCUCCGUAUUUGCUUUUUGUGUGGGUUUUUAAUACCAGUCCUUGUAUCUGCGGUUCUAAACCAAAUAAAACAAAAAAAUUGGUGCGUGUUUGUAUUUUGUUUACCAGAAUACUUCUGCUCAAGUUUUACAUUGAUUUUGCUUUUCAUUCUAUUGUUUUUAUUAUAUAAAUAUUUUUGUUUAUUUCAGUCAUGAUAAGAUGAUGCCAGAACGUUCACAGCAACAAACUUCGACCGGCGCUGGAAUGCAGUUCGGUUACGGACAUUUUGAUGUAAUGUCGUUACCAAUGCAAAAUCUGAAUGAACCAUACGGCUAUUAUCAACAGCCGGGUUUAUAUCAACCAUUUGGACCAUUUGAAGAUCAGUCACAAUGGCAAACAAAUGACACACAACAACAGAUGCCAUAUCAUCAUCCCGUAUAUAAUACAUCAAUAAAUGAAAUUCCUCGUAGUCCAUUUGAUUAUGCACCGCAUUAUCUAACAGGACAUCCACCACAAUACGGACAUCCUGGAUUUCCGUCAACAUUUCCCCAGACUUCAUUCGAUAUGUCGUGGACUACUCAAGUACCAGCAUUUGCUCAACAACAGAAUCAACAGUUACAGCAAUCACUAGGCACACAACAACAAACUCAGAUGAAUGCAUUGCAAGGAGGAGCAAGUGGUAAUAUAGGAAAAAAACCGUCGGUAUAUGAUGAGUAUUUACCAGAAUCACUUGGAAGUUUACGAGCGAAUACUAGUGGUGUAGGACAAAACGUUGAUAUGUUAACACAACAAAUGUCAUCAGUCGAUAUUAGUGAACAUCAUCAUCAUCCUCAUUCUCUGCAACAACAACAUUCUAAACAACUUCAGGAUAGUUUUACAUUAAACGAUAAUGAACCGAAUUCAACAAGUACGAAUCAUACGAACUCUAAUACUGGUGCGAUACCGGUUCUAAAAGAACAUCAACAUUUGAACAUUGGUAGUAAUCGAAACUCAGCUGCAUCUGCUUCACAACAACAACAACAACAACAACAAUCUUCUGGAGGUCCAAAAUCGUAUGCAUCUGUUGUAUCAUCGGAUACUAAUAAAAUAUUACCGACUAACAGUAGUAAUACCGCACGCCAACAGCAACAGCAAACAUCUUCAUCAACAGCAGCAAUACCGAAUAAUCAACAACAACAAAGUUCAUCAGUAAAUCAAACCAAUAUUCAUGAUCGUAAUAAUUUAACAUCGAAUAAUACUUUUGGUAAUGAAUCGAUUCGUAACAGUGGUGCUGGAGGAGGGCGUAAUAAUUAUUCGUCAGCGGUCAUGUCGGGUGGUACAGGAAAUAAUUAUGGUCAACAACAAAGAGGUAGCGGCACUACUUCAGGUGGCUACAAUUCUCGCAACAAUCAACAAAGUGGAGGAACGAAUACGCUAAGUUGGGCUCAUAAUUCGACAUCGAACAGUAAUAAUACUACACGAGGUGGAUCGGGUAAUGGUCAGUCGAGCAACUAUCACGGUAAUUCGAAUUAUUAUGAACGUUCAUCAAAUAAUAAUACGGGUGGUGGUAAUAAUGCUAAUAAUCAAUAUUCAAAACGUGCGUAUUCGACUGCUUUAGGAUCGUCAUCGUCGAAUAAUUAUCAACAACAAUACGGACAAUAUUCUACUGGUGGAGGUAAUCGCUCGUCGAAUAUAAGUAACGGUAGCUCAUCGUCAGCUACUCAGCCGAUAACAGCUGCUAAUCAAGAAAUAUUAGACAAUUUAAAACGUAAUCAUCAAUAUAAUCCAAAAGACUUUAACUUAUCACCGAAAGGCGCAAGAUUUUUUGUAAUUAAAUCUUAUUCUGAAGAUGAUGUACAUCGUUCUAUAAAAUAUAAUAUAUGGUGUUCAACGGAAAAUGGCAAUAAACGUUUGGAUGUGGCAUUUCGUGAAAGAGAAGGAAAAGGCCCAUUAUAUUUAUUUUUUAGUGUAAAUGCAUCCGGACAUUUCUGUGGUAUGGCUGAAAUGAUGUCACCGGUUGAUUAUGAUACAAAAACAGACGUUUGGCAUAUGUCAAAUAAAUGGCAGGGUAAAUUUGAAGUGAAAUGGAUUUAUGUUAAAGAUGUACCAAAUCAACAAUUUCGUAAUAUUCGAUUAGAAAAUAACGAAAAUAAACCCGUAACAAAUUCACGUGAUACACAAGAAAUACCGUAUGAAAAAGGGAAACAGAUGUUAAAAACUCUGCAUUUUUUUCGUGAUAAAACAAGUAUAUUUGACGAUUUUCAAUAUUAUGAAUCGAAACAAGCAGAAGAGUCAAAAAAACAGGUAUCAUCCGGUAGUAAUAAUACACUAGGUAAUCAAAGUGACACUAGUAAUCAGAACGAUACUACUUAUAAGAAUAAUACGUCGUCGUCAUUUCGUAAAAGUAAUACGUCACCAGGUGGAAAUAAAUCAUCAAAUCGUUCAACACCUUCACCAGCAUUAGGGGGAACAACAGUUAUACAAAAAAAUGACGUUGAAGAGAUGUCAAAACAAAAAUCAUCAGAGGCCAAUGUUAUUCACGUUGAUAAUGAAGGAGAAGAUGAUAGAGGACAAAAUAAUGUCAAUGAUAAUGAGUAA